CAAAGCUGCGCCCUGCCCUUUACCUCCGAUGGAUGUGCAUUGGCAGCACCGUUCCUGCUUAGACUUUCUGCUUACGUUGGUUUGUCUGCCCCGCAAACGAAUCCCCUCCCUUGUCUCGCCCAGUCCUCCCCUCCUUCCCUCUUUGCCUAUCCAGCCGCACUAUACAGGUAUCUCCUACCACCCCUAUUGCCAACGCCGACGUCAACACCGUCCACUAUCGGUCCAUCAACUCCCAACCCAGCCCCCUUUUUGUAUUGCAUUGUCAUGAUGCAUGAUACAUCAUAUAGUCAAUAUGAGUCCUCUCUUCUUUGUUACGCCUCCCCUUCCUCACCCGCCAGCGUCGACCGCCUUUCUUCACCCCCAUCCACAUCCACAACUACAGGACUGCGAGCAAAACCAGCGUGCACAACCAAGGCAGGGCAGGGAAAGCAGACGGGUUGUUGCACUAAGGGCACCACUCACCAUCAUGGACACAUCCGGAGCCGAGCCAGCCGUAGCCUCCCUGAGAUCUGCACCCGUCUCGGCAUCCGUAUCGUCGCAGGGACCCAGCACAGCAGUGCAACAGCCAUCCACUGUUGCCACCAGUUUAAACGCGGAAACACCAGGGACCACAGCAUCAGCAGCAAUGCCCCCGGAAACAGAACCUGCGUUGAAUGCAUCGGUGCCACCACCACCACCGCCACAGUUACAGCCUCACAUUCAGGCACAUGCGCAAGCACAAGUGCAGGCACAGGCACAGGCACAGCGACAAGCUGCAAGGCGGCCAUGGUGGCGACCUCCACCACGCAACAACAGACAGCCCGGCACUCAGUCAGGCAAUGCAUACUCGACGACAGACCAUGGGCAUACCCUCAUUUCGCUUUCAACUUCUGCAGGCCACCUCUCUACUCGCCUUUCUGCUCGCUCAGAAAGCCUGCCACAUUACUGGCUACGAGCAAUAAAUCACAUCCUGAGGAUACCUUUUCGAGAAUUUAUCGGCAACAUCUCUCGGUCCAGUGAUAUAACUCCAUCACCGCCUUUGGCAGACGUCAACAUGAACAAUUAUAAUCAAAAUACGCCGGCCUACCGGCAGUUCACUCCCUACAUUGGACAGGACGCUAGCACCGAUGGUCACGCUAUAGUGCCGAAUGCAGAAACAACGCCUUCACGGACAACCACUCGCUCUCGCAAGUAUAUUCCGCAGAUUAGGAUGGCCUGGCGAAACAGAACCUCGGACAUGAGAUGCGCGCUGUCAUGGGCUUUGUUCACAUGUUUUUUUUGCGUAAGUCAGAGCUGUGAUGGCUGGUACCCAAGGAAUCAAACCCCAAAAACACCUGCCCUCUCUGGGGAACCGGAUGAAAAAGCAUACAAAGAAAAACGAAGGGCAUUAAAUACCAACAAUAGCAUGGAUUUCAUGACGAUUGUUUAUGUUCUCUUUAUUAAGCGAGCGCGCUAAAUUCGCACUGCCGCAAUUUUUCAGUCAACCCUGUUGAAGAAGCCUUGGUUAUCUACUAACGUCGAUAUUUCUUUCUGCAACAAACAGACAGUCGUUGC